AUGGCGACCUCCAUGACUGAUUUUCUACUACCAUUAGACCUUAAUACAAUGAAAUUAUUAUUUACAAACGAAGGCGGAAACGUUAAAGCUGAUAUGGCCAUUACGGCGCGAACCGUUACAUGUAUAGUGAAACAUCGCGUCGUUUUAAUAUAUUUUAUAUUCUUAAUUGGUCCUAGCAUUCAACAAAUUUGGAAUCCUGUAGUAUUUAAUCAUAUCGUUCGACAAACACAAAAGGAACGAGAAUAUAAUUUUCCAAUACGUUAUCCAUAUCGUGAGGAUAGCUCAAGAAAACAAAGAAUAUUUCCAAAACAAAUGCCAUUUCCUUGUACAAAUUUUAUUGAAAAUGGAUGGGCACGUUCACCGCGACGACCCACAAGUGUCCACCAAUUACGACCUGGUGAUAUUGAUGUAAUUGGUGCAAUGGGUGAUUCUUUGGUGGCUGGUAACGGCGCUUUAGAAGAAUGGGCUUUGGGUACGAUAAUUGAAUAUCGUGGUGUUUCAUGGGUUGCAGGAGGUGAAAAUACAUGGAGAAAGUUCCUAACAUUACCAAAUAUUUUAAAAGAAUUUAAUAAAAAUUUAACGGGAUAUUCAACCGGAACUGGUGAAUUUUUACAUUCAAAUUCACGCUUAAAUGUUGCAUUUCCGGUGGCGGCUGAUGCAGAUGCAUUAAAACAAGCAAAAAUAUUAGUGAAUAAAAUCCGUAAAGAUCCAACAAUUGAUUUUCAUAAUGAUUGGAAAAUGAUUACUAUAUUUUUUGGUGCAAAUGAUUUAUGUUCGGCACAAUGUUUUAAUCCUGAAGGAGCGACACCUAAUCAACAUGCUAGAAAAUUAAUGGUAGCUUUAGAUUAUUUACAAGCGCAAUUACCGCGUACUUUUGUUAAUUUAAUUCCAGUUUUAGAUGUAUCAGUCAGCGUUCGUGUUAAACGUAGUCCAAUGUGCCGAUUUUUACACACAUUAUUUUGUUCAUGUUUUCAUCAGCUUGGUAACGUCGAUGAAAUGUCUGUGAUAACAACAUUAACUCGUGAAUAUCAAAGAGCAGAAGAAUUAUUGAUCGGCAGUGGUCGUUAUGACAAAAAAGAUGAUUUUACGGUUGUAAUACAGCCAUUCAUAAAAUCAUUUAAUGCACCAUUAGAUCCACAGCGACAAUACGAUCAAGUGAUUGACAAUUCAUUUAUAACAUAUGACUGUUUUCAUUUUUCACAAAAAGGUCAUGCUUUAGGUGCAAAUUUAUUAUGGAAUAAUAUCUUAGAACCUGUUGGCAACAAAACUACACAAAUGCGUGGUUAUAUGGAACAAUUUUUAUGUCCAACAAAAGAAACGCCAUAUUUAUUUACAAAAAAGAAUUCUAUACGAUAUUAUCAAACUGGACGCCAAAUUUAA